CACUAGUUAUACAAUGAGUUCUUGACUAGGAGGACGCCGCGCUCGCUGCUCUGUCCAUAACUGUCUGGGAAUCUGUUUCUUGAAUCGUCUGAUACUACACAAGAGUCGUAAAAAUCUGAAGGAUAUUUGUUGGCGUUACAUCGAUAUAUAUUAUGUUGCAACUAGUGGUAUACCUGGAGUGAAGAGACUUAUCCUACAAUUAUUACUUGUAUUGUGAGCGAAGUUAUAUCUACUACAGUAAGGACUAUGACGCCAUGUGUUGGGAGUGGUCUUGUUCUGUGGCUGAUGCUGGCUGUCCCAAGUCACAUGGGGGUCAUCCCUCCUGCAGGCCUGUCUAGGGUCAUCCCUCAACAUGACCUCGACCUGGUUUUUCCUCCACCUGAUUACGAAGAUAAUGCUUCAGAGGUGCAGAACCAAGGGCAUCGUUCACAUUCGAGUGUGUUAACGCGCGGUGUUAGCGGACACAGUGACAAAGAGAAACAAACUUUGGAUUUUGAGAACUCACAGAUGCUACAAAUGUUGAACAUUCAGCUGCAACAGUUUGGGUAUGACGAAGAUACAAUCCGUGAACUCCUGGUUGUUUUUAAAUUAAGUAAUAGCACAGACCUAUUAAUGAAUGUAAUCCAGACACACCAGGACCAGUUCAUGGUGGAACAUGAACAGAAAAUGAAAAUGGAAGACCAAAUUGAAACGAAGAGUAAAAAUGACAGCAUUGAAGAUAAACAAAUCGACUACGAUGCCCUAGGUUGUGGCAUCAACAGUGCCCAGGCGAGGAUCCUUGGGGGAAGGUUGUCUACCUCUGGGGACUGGCCUUGGCAAGUAGCACUGGUUCACGCUCCAUCAAAGUCCGCCUUUUGUGGAGCAUCCCUCAUCAACAGACAUUUUGUGCUUACUGCUGCUCAUUGUGCUUAUGUGCUGCCAGUCCACAAACUGUUAGUGUGGCUUGGGAGCUACGAUGUAUCCCUGGAGACUGAGGUAGGACGUGAGGUGAGGAAGGUCUCUAGAAUCAUCCUCCAUGAACAAUUCGACCAGAAGACCUUGGCUAAUGAUGUAGCACUCCUGAGACUUUCUGAACCUGUCAACAUGACCAGGACAAUAAGGCCCAUCUGCCUUCCUAAUAUCAAGGAUUGGGAUGUUUCUAUAGUUAAUGGCAGUGCUGAUUUUGAUGGACUAGUAACAGGCUGGGGACUAACAAAGGAAGAUGGGCAGCCAUCAAAGGUUCUUCUCCAGGUAAGCCUUCCUUUUCUGAAGGUUGAAGACUGUAGACAACGAUACGAAGGUAUAAUUCCAAUCUCUACCAAAAUGUUGUGUACUCUUCACAAUUUUUCAGACGGUGUGAGUAGGGACUCUUGUAAGGGAGACUCUGGUGGUCCUCUGGUCAGUGAAGGCCCAGAGGGCAGGUGGACACAAGUUGGAAUAGUCAGCUUCGGGUACGGGUGUGGUCGUAAAGGUUACCCCGGGGUCUACACUAGGAUAACACAGUAUCUACUCUGGAUAUACCUUAAAAUUGCUCAGAGUGAGAUCAACUCGGGUGACAUAAAUAUGUCACAGGCUGCUGGAAAUUAAAAAAAAAAAAAAAAAGGUAACUAGGUAUACAGUGUAGUACUGGUAAUGUUUUUUUUCUGCUUUUCCUGUGACUGAUUGUAAAGAGAUUAUAAUCAAAAUUGUCAUAAAAGUUAAAUUAUGAGUUAUUGUUCAGUACAUUAUUGAUACAGUACUAUAUUACUUAUACUGUCAGUUUAAGAUUGUAUGUUGCAAGUUCUUGAUUAAAUAGCAUUUGUAAUGCGUGCUACAUUUGAACCAAAUAUUUAUAUAGACGAAUAACUGUGUUAUGAGUAGGUAAUUUUUUAUUACACAAUUCAUAGAGUAACCAUUUAAUAUGUAGAGGUUUACAAAAAUUUUAUACAAAAAAUAUAGACAUGUAUAAAUUCUGUAUAUUUUAGUUUUAACAACCCAAAUCUGUGCAGAAUUAAUAAUUCACAUUUAAGAUUUG